ACUUUCCCUGCUCCAAAGUCGCAUCAAUGUCGUCCGCGUUCCAGUCACCGGUCCCGACCCAAACCCGGUACCAUCCCCACCGGUCCCGGUUCAGAACCAGCUGGGUCAGGGAGCGCCUGACGACGAGGUUCGCCAUGGGCGUCUGCUCGGUUCUCCUCUCUCUCCUCCUCUCAGCCGGUGUCAUCGUCUUCAUCCUCUGGCUCAGCCUCCGCCCCCACCGCCCCCGUUUCCACCUCUCCUCCUUCUCCGCCCCCGCUAUCGCCCAGCCGCCUCCCGCCCUCCUCAACUCGCCCAUCUCCUUCAACGUCACCGACCGCAACCCGAACAGGAAUGUCGGCAUCUACUACGACGUCGUCUACGGCUCCGUCUUCUACAAAGACCAGCUGGUCGGUUCCGGUCCGGUCCUGAACCCGUUCUACCAGCCCCCCAAGAACACCACGCUGGUCCUCGGGGAUCUCACCGGGACGGCGGCGGCGGCGGGGGACAAGCUGGCAGCGCAGCUGGCGGAUGACGCCGCGGCCGGCCGGGUCGAGUUCCGGUUCGAGUUGAAAUCGGGCAUCCGGUUCAAGGUGAAGAUUUGGGACACGCACCACCAUACGUUGCACGUGCAAUGCGACGUGGUGGUGGGUCCCGAUGGAAGCCUCCUGGCUGAGUACAGGGACAAGAGGUGCUCGAUCUACUUCUAGGACGUGUGCAAUGUUGCAACUUGGUUGUGUGAUGAGGCUCUCCUAACUUGAUCCAUAUUUAUUCUCAUUUGAU